AUGUAUCUUUUGCCAGAGCCAGCCGUUACUCGAUUUUUUAGAGAGCUGAGUCGGGAACAAUGUUAUACACUUCUUGAUGCUCUCUCUGAGUCCCUAGUGGAAGUGUCGUCUCAGGCGACAACUCCUGAGUCGGAGCGACUCAUCCACCAACCGCUCCGUUCAUCGAUUAUGACCAAAGACCAAAACAUGUCGCUUUUCAUGCCAGUUUCAAACACUGCGAACACAGGAAUCAAGAUCGUAACGCUUUCCCAGGCACAGGGCCUUACAGCAGUCAUCAACAUCUUCUCACCCGAGGGCAAAUUGCUAGGUUUGCUUAGCGCAACCGAAGUGACUGCCUUCCGCACUGCACUUGCGGUUAUGACACUGUUUGUGCGUUGCAGUUCUCUGAAGAAGGAGAACAUAGUGAUCUUUGGCUCUGGAAAACAGGCCGAGUGGCACGCACGGCUUGCACUUCUCCUAGUCCCGGAUCAAGUCCGCAGCAUUACGCUUAUCAACCGGGGUCGUAAAAGGCUGGACGAGAUGAAGGAUAUCAUUGCGGGGCUGCAAGCCGCUCACCCUGGUGUUACAUUUACAACCCUCGCAAAAGAGGAUACACCUGACUACCAGAAACAACUGCAGGCUGCAUUAGCAGCGUGCGACGUUAUCUUUAGUUGUACGCCUUCUACGGAGCCUAACUUCCCCCAUUCCUACCUCCAGCCAUUUAAGCAGCGAUUUAUCUCUCUCAUUGGCUCGUACAAGCCUCAUAUGAAAGAGAUUGAUACGGAAACUCUCUUUUCGGGCGGGAAUCAAAUCUACGUCGACUCGAAGGAGGCAUGCCUGGAAGAGUCGGGGGAGCUGAUCGAUGCGCACGUAAAAGAAGACCAGUUGAUUGAGAUUGGAGAAUUGUACGGGAAGCUCGGAAAAUCCGAGCCGAUCCCAGUCUCGGGCACGCAGAAUGUGGUGUUCAAAUGCGUGGGCAUGGGAAUUAUGGAUCUCACUAUCGGAAAGACGCUCCUGGACCUUGGAAAAGAACAGGGACUGGGGAUGGAGGUCGAUGGUUUCUAG